AUGUGGUUCAGCGCGGGCUUGUCAGCCUUGGGGCUGGCUACACUCGCCUGGGGAGCAGUCAGGACAGAUGAUGAAGGAAACACCAUUAAGAGCAUCGGGUUGCGAACACACACGCUGCAACAGCCCUAUCUUGACUCCGACAUGCAAAGUCGUUGGUAUGACUUCGGCGGCGACGCUGUUGUGAGGACGGAUGCUUAUAUCCGACUGACCUCCGACCGGCCGUCCCAAAUGGGUAGUCUGUGGUCCAAAGUGCCCUUGACAGCAACGAACUGGGAGAUAGAGGUCGAAUUCAAGAUCCACGGCAAGAAUCAGCUCUUUGGCGACGGCUUUGCCAUGUGGCUCACGAAACAGCGCGCACAAAUGGGCCCCGUGUUCGGCAGCGCCGACAACUUCGAGGGCCUCGGGGUCUUCUUCGACACGUACAAGAACAACCGGCCCGGCACCGUAUUCCCAUACGUGAUGGCGAUGGUGGGCGACGGCAAGACGUCGUACGACAAGAACACGGACGGGAAGCUCCAGGAGUUCGCGGGCUGCUCGGCCAGGGGCAUCCGGCACGCCAACGUCCCGACCAAGUUCCGCCUCACCUACUUCCAGGACAAGCAGCUGAAGCUGGAACUGCAGUACAAGAACGAGGAUGACUGGGUGCUGUGCUUCGAGACCAACGAGCCGCCGUCGCUGCCCAACGUUGCGUACCUGGGCUUCAGCUCCGAGACGGGCGAGCUGAGCGACAAUCAUGACAUCGUGUCGAUCAGCGCCAAGAACCUGUACGCAUCGAACCCGUCGUCGACUCCCGGAAGCAACCGUAGGAAGGGCAAGGGCGGCGGGCCAAAGAGGAAGAAGGGCAGCAGCUGGACGUGGUUCUUCACGAAGAUCAUCCUAUUCUGUCUUGUGGCUGGUGGAGCAUAUGUUGGUUAUACUGCAUGGAGGGCCAACAGCCUGCGGAAGAGCCGAUUCUAG